UUCAAGAGUAACAGUAGGGAUAUGUCUAUCUCGGCUUUGUUGACCCAGUCCCAGACCAGGCUUGAAGCCACUGAUGAAAGAGUAUUGGAGUUUGGCUCCUUGGUGAGUUCCAUAGAUAUAAUUAAGGAUUCUAAUUUUCAAAGUCCCAACGCGGCCAAAUCGAAAUCAAGACCAACUGAAGAGGAGGAAAAGGAUGAUUUAUCAAGGCUUACUAUAUCUCAAUUGAAUGAGAAGACAAAUGAAAUCACAUUGAACUUGGGUGAAUUGAACAGGUUAUGGAUUAUUAAGGGGUUGAUUCAAGAAAUUGAAAUAUCUCUAGAUAACUCAAUCAAUGAAGGUCAAUACGAUAAGGACGAUUUAGAAGGGAUAUCAACGAAUUUAAAGAGCUUGUCGACUAAACUACAACAAAUUGAUGACCAUUGGUUGAUUCGAGAACAAUUGAACGAACAGCUUGUGUCAUUCAAUCAAAGAUUGAAUGAUGAGUUAUUGAAGUUGGUUUCAAAAUUCAUAAUAGAAGAUAUCGAAUCAAUAACAUUCAACCAGGAAUUAAAAGUAAGAGAAGAGUACAUAAGUUUUAUUGAAUUCGAGAGAAUAGCCGAAGAGUUCACUGAAUAUUCAAAUAAACCUGAACUAAAGCAAGUUUUAAAUGGAUUGAAAUUUAGUUGGGAUAAAAAAAUAUUAAGCCAAUUAAUUACAAAGAAAAAGUAUAUAAAUAUCGAUAUAAAAGAGUCAGUAUUUGAGUUAUCUAUAACCGACGCAUUCCCAGGUGACCAAUUUUUCAAUGAAUACUAUUUCCGUUCAAUUAAAAAUUUCAUAACUUUCAUUAAUGCUUUUGGUAAUCAAAAUUUUAAAAAUUAUUUUGCCAAUGAAAUAUCUAACAAUUUGAGUAAUACAAUUUCAGAAAAUAUAACCAAACUACAUGAAAAUAAUUCAAAAGAGAAUAUUGAAGAAUUGAAAAAUAUUGUUGAAUUGAGCAAUCGAACCAAUUGGUCAUUAUCAUUUACAAAAUCCUUUAGUUCUUCGGAAAAAAUCAACGAACAAUUGAAUUAUCUAUAUUUAGAUUGGGUCGUCGAUAAGUAUAUAAACGAAUUGCGAAAACUAUUUAGCAGCAAUGAGUUUGAUAAGCUCUUACAAUCACUCAGUGUUGCAAAGAAUGAUGACGAUAAUUGGAAUAACUCUUGGGGCAGUGAAGAAGAGGAAGAAGAAGAAGAAGAUGCAUGGGAUAAUGAAUGGGAUGAAGAUUGGGGAGAGGAGCCCAAGGCCAAAUCAAAGACACCAAAGAAUGAUAACCAGUUGAAGAUAUCCCGAGUACCGGAAAAAGUUGGUGAAAUUAUUGGGAAAUUCCACCAAGAGACCGGACCAAAUACCGAUGACGAGUUAUUAAUAUCCUGUAUUAUAUCCUUCAGUUUACUAGGAUAUCCGUCUAUGGGUGAAUCAUUCCUCUUGUAUAAUGAUUUGAACCAUUUAGGUCAAAUAUUACAAAAAAAUCGAUUAAGUAUAAGUGCCGAAUCAAACUGGUCACAACAAACUAUAGUUUAUUCAAAUGAAUUAUUUAAAAUCUUACUUUCGCAACAUAUCACUGAAGAUAACGAUGACGAAUUCAAAGAGCCAAUUGAUUUGAAAAAUUGGUUUGAAACAUUGCAAAAAUCACAAUUAUCGUUUACUAACUUUGAUAAGUUCAAAAAUUCAAUCAUACAAUUCAUUGAAGUAAUUAACAAUUGGUUGAUCAACGCAAUCAUCAACCUUAAUGAGAUAACGGAGUCUCAAUCCGAUAAGAUAUCCAAAUUCAUAAUUUACAUUCAAAAAAUAACCUUAGAUAAUUUAUCUUUGGUUAACGAACCUUUGACGUCUAUUAAAUCUUCAAAUAAAUUACAGCAAACUUACAUUUUGAUUAACAACCAUUUGAAAGACAUCAUGGAGUUUUUCUACCAAGGUGAAUUAUUUGAUUACAAAACUGAUGAAUUAAUUAAAGUCAUUGAAAGUGUAUUCAUUAAAAGUGAUUUAAGAGAUAAUUAUAUAAGAGAAAUAGUGGAAAUCCGUAGUAUAGAUGAAUAGAUGAAUCAUUUUUGGCAAUAUAUGUAGUUUUAAGAGUCUAUUGAACAACCUUACCAUCAAUUACCUUCUUACCAGUUUUAGAAAUGGUAUUAUAAACAGUAUCAUAAUCAAGAGAAUCGCUAGUGGUAACGUCAACAGUUUGGUCUUCCAAAGAGAUCUUGAUGUCUGAAACUCCAUCUAACUUAGUCAAGACUCUGUUGACAGCACCUGAGCAUCCAGAAC